ACAGUUGAAGCAUUUAAAAGUUUCGAGGCAAAACAGAAUUGAAGUCGAAGACGCAAAACCUGACUGCGCAGCCUAUGCUCCUGGCGACCCCCUGGGCCUGAAAUUCGCAGAGGUCUGGCGGCAAAUUCCAAGGCCCGCACACUGACUCCAUGCUGGGCUUUCCCUGCUUUGUGUGGCUCCUGGCUGUCACCUUCUCCUUGGUCCCCAGAGCGCAGCACUUGCCCCCGCAAGACUUUGACGAAGAAGAGGAAGAUGAGAAACCGCGGUUGUCGGAUGUCCUUUGUGACUAUGACCAUUGCCGGCACCUACAGGUUCCGUGCAAAGAGCUGCAGCGGGCGGGCCUGACGGCCUGCCUGUGCCCCGGGCUCUCCAGCCCCGCGGAGCCACCCGCCCCGCCGCGCCUGGGAGAAGUGCACGUGGUGGCCGAGGACGGCAGCGCGGUGGUGCACUGGUGUGCCCCCUCCUCCCCGGUCCACGAGUACUGGCUGCUGCUUUGGGAAGGCAGCGGGGCUCCCCAGAAGAGUCCCGCCUUCAACUCGACCGUCCGCCGAGCAGAACUGAAGGGACUGAAGCCCGGGGGCGCUUAUGUCAUUUGCGUGGUGGCCGCUAACGCAGCGGGUAUAAGCAGCGUGCCCUGGGCGAAUGACGCGGGCCCCGAGGGUGCGGACAUGCCCCCCUUCGGGCCGUGCGGCCGGGUGGCCGUGCCGCCCCGGCCCCGCAGCCUGGUCCACGCGGCCGUCGGGGUGGGAACAGCGCUGGCCCUGCUGAGCUGCGGCGCCCUGGUCUGGCACUUCUGCCUGCGCCAGCGCUGCGGCUGUCCCCGCCGCGCCCGCCGCGCCACCCCGCCCGCCGCUGGGCUCUGA